CCUUCAUCAUCCACUCACAGCAAAUCUAUUUCGGAUUGAAGUGUGUUUAUACUUAUUGAGAAGAACAUCAUACGAAUCUCUUUAAUUUGGUACUCUUUCUCUCCGUCUUCUGUCCUGGCUUGUCGUUCUUCAAUAGCCCAACCAGACCAUUCUCAAGAUGCCCACAUACAACAUUGUCGUCUUGGCUGGCGAUUAUGCCGGGCCUGAGGUUACUGCUGAAGCAGUCAAGGUUCUUAAAGUAGUGGAGAAGAGUUCCAAGGACAUCAAGUUCAACUUCCAAGACCAUCUUCUCGGAGGAGCCUCAAUCGAUGCCCACGGCAUCCCCCUCACCGACGAGGCACUGUCUGCCGCCAAAUCCGCCCACGCCGUCCUCCUCGGCGCGAUCGGCGGACCCAAGUACGGCGUCGGCAAGGUUCGACCGGAACAAGGGCUUCUCCAACUCCGCAAGGAAAUGGGCACCUUUGGAAACCUGCGACCAUGUUUCUUCGCCUCGCCCGCACUGGCCAAGAACUCUCCUCUCAAAGAGUCCGUCUGCGAAGGCACCGACUUCAUGAUUGUGCGCGAACUCACCGGUGGCAUCUACUUCGGCGACCGCGUCGAGGGCAACCCCAGCGACGGUGCAGACGAGUGGGCUGAAGACCGCGAACCCUACUCGCGCAAGGAGAUCGAACGCAUCACCCGACUAGCAGCGUAUCUGGCACUCGCCAAGAGUCCGCCUAGCAAAGUCUUCAGCUUGGACAAGGCAAACGUCCUGGCGACCUCGCGUUUGUGGAGACGAGUCUUCACCGAGACCAUGGAGAAAGAAUUCCCGCAAUUGGAAUUUGAGCAUCAGCUCAUCGACUCGGCGGCUAUGAUCAUGGUCAAGAACCCACGCUCGUUGAACGGUGUCAUUGUCACCUCCAACUUGUUUGGUGACAUUAUCAGUGACGAAGCUUCGGUCAUUCCAGGCUCCUUGGGUCUGUUGCCCUCAGCGAGUCUUAGCGGCGUGCCUGACGGCAAGGGAUUGUGCAACGGUAUCUACGAGCCCAUUCACGGCUCCGCUCCUGAUAUUGCUGGAAAGGGUGUCAUCAACCCUGUGGCCGCCAUCCUGAGUGUCGCCAUGUUAUUACUCUACAGCUUGAACUUGCCAAAGGAGAGUACCCUUGUCGAACAGGCCGUUCGCAUUGUCAUCGACCAGGGCAUCACCACUCGUGAUAUUGGCGGCUCUAACUCUACGGCCGAGGUCGGAGAUGCCGUGGCCAAGGAAUUGGAGGCCUUGUUCCAGCAGCAGUAGAUGACGAGCAGAGGCAGAGAGAACAAAGCCUGCGGUGUGAAUAUCACACCUUGGUACAAAGGGCGGUUGCUUGCCCUAAGGUCAUUCAAAAGUUAAGACUCGUUCGCCAGAAUCAUGAAUGAAGAGAUACACAAAAGUGACCGUUAUAACGCUUGUCAGUUGAUGAUUGGAUUUACGCUCAAAGUAGAUGUCUUAUCACAGUUGAUGAUAUGCCAUUCCUGCAAAGAUCACCAACAAAGUCAAAUGAAAUUGUGUUACAA